AUGAAUAUUAUCGUUUCUGCUAUACUUGUCAAAUUCAAGUUUCACACCGAUAAAUCGCUUAUAGUGAUUUUUUUAGUGGUGCUGUUGGACGCACGAAAUAUCUACGACAGAUACAUCGAUAAAGAAUCCGCUACUAGCUUGUCUUUUCCAAAAAGCAUAUGUGAACGAAUCUCGGCAAGACUUUCUGAAGAUGGUAUAGGGCCGGACUUAUUCGAUGAGGCAAAAGAGUCUGUUCGCAAUGCAUUCGUGAGUCGUUAUCUGAAAGAUUUCAUGAACAGUAUAUAUUACAAGAAAUAUCUUUUGCAAGUUCUCUCUCGAGGAUGUAGUUUGGAUGAUGUCUUAUUGGUUCCUGCAUUAUUGAAUGCUUUUUUAGAGUUUGUUGACAACGAUCAUGAUCGCAAUUGCAUACAGUUCUUAUUGGCUUGUACUACAUUCGAAACGAAUUAUGAUACUUUAUCGGAUAAAGAACUACUUGAGGAUGCUAUGUGUAUUUACGAUAAAUAUUUCUCAAUGCAAGCAGUUUCGUCUCUUCAAGUCGAUGAUCAUGUUAGGCAGGUGAUGGAGUCUGAAAUCUGUUCCGAUUCUGGACGUCCUUUACGAUCAGCUUUUUCAAAUGCUAAGCAGUCUUGUAUGCAGCGACUAGUCAAGGCAUUUCUGCCUGUAAUUGAAUAUAAAAAUUUUUUGUUGCUGUCUAGAGUGAAUUUGUAUUGCACUUGCAUAACUCGUUCUUAUAACCAUUCCCAGAAGUACCUGCGAGCGUUUGUUCGAUCUCCUGGCUAUCUGAACUAUCUGAUCGAAUUAGAGGCGGAGAUAGAGUUACCGCGUGCAAAUCGAGAGAAAAGCUCUGCUGCUGGUUCGUCGUCAUCUGAUUCUUUAUUAAUGAACUUUGGGAAGACUUUCGAAUCACCAGUGUGCAAACCGGCUUCCAUAAAAUCUGCGCAAUAUUCACCACUUCUUGGCAGACACGACAAAAGUUUGUAA